GGCCGAGCAUGUGAGAUAAUAGCGUGAACCGUCGCAUUUAGACAUCACAUGCAGUACGCCCGAAACGGUGACAGAGACAUUGAUGAACAGGAGAUUAAUUCAACCUACGCUAUCACUAAUAGUAUCCUUAAAAUCUUAUCAGAAGUAAAACUGAAUAUAGAAAACCUGAAUGUGGUAAUUAAAUUUUCAAAAUAUUGCAGUUGAAAGUAUUGAACAUUUUAUAUUUUGGAAAUGUCAUCGCGAUUUGUCGUAUACAUAUUUAAUUUUUUGUACUUAUUUAUUGAUCUUAAAAAGCAUGCAUGUUUGAAUGAUAAACAACCAGCUUUCCUAGUGCCUAUAGCCUACAAGCGAGACAAUAGUGUGGAUAGUAUUUCAACAUCGCGUCACGCGGAGACUGUGCAUCAGAAGCGGCAUCAAUCAUCUGCGUAUAUCCCUCUCAGUGAAUACAAAAUUUAAAUUAUUCCCCUAACAAUGUUUGAAAUAAGGGGCAAUUAAUUCUUUAAAAAACUCAGAAUAUGUCAACAAUUUGGUCUUCUGUCCUAAUACAAAAAGGAUCAGUUGGGUGUCCAGCACGUCAUGCUAAGAUCAAAUCGUAAGGUCACGGCAAAGCCCAUCCGCAAAAAUUUCAAGUCACAUCAAAGCAAAUAGCAGAGGAGAGCUGAUUGACAACUCACCCGGCUUAUGUUCAAUAGAAAGAAGAAGAAUCGUUUCAUAUUGACAGCCAUUUCUGAAUCAUUGUGGAAAUUUGAACAGCGGGAAUCUGAGCUGUGCAUCGAAAUAAAUCAUUCCGACCAUUUUCGCUUGUGACCUAUAAUAUUACCAAGAUUAAAUCACGCUUUUCGAAUCAAAAAUGAGUUUUCUAUUUCGAAAAGGGAAACGUGGAAGCAAAAAAAGUCGUAAUCGAAGUUUACCAAUAGGUAUGAUCGACGAAAAAGAUGGAAAACCAAAUCGUGGGAAAGAGGACCAUUCACGAGCUAAGUCUCAUAGUUAUGGCGUGGAAAGAGAACGACCUCCGUCUGCCAAACAAGCAAAUAAAUCCCUAGUCACGAAGAUAAACGAUGAACCAGCCACUCCGAUACCAGAUGUGAUAGCAUCCCACGAAGCCUCGCGUAGUGAUACGGCGUCAAAGAGUCACUCGACCAUGAACAACGCUGCCCAGGUAGCCACUGAGAGAGAAAGUGGAGGAAUUGAGCUCAAAACACAAUCGACGGAUGUACGAAACAAACUUUCAAUAUCUCAAAUCGACGGAGUUAUUGCGAAGGUUGAGGAACGAAACGAAUUUGCGGAGACGAAAAGUAGCCAUUCUAGUGCAGUACCUGACCCAUUUGAAAACGUAGAGGAGGUGAACGUGCAUGUCCAUCGUCCUUUUAAUGAGGAUCCCAUGGAAAACGUGAGCACAAGUUCUCUCCCAACCGACGACGCAGACACGGAGUUCAAGCUGGAUUCCAUCGCUUUGAAUAAUGUGAAUAGAAAAAAACGUUCAAGUUCGAUAACUCACUCGGAAAAAGAAGCCGUCGGAACUCUUGACGACGUCCUCCGGGUAUUCGACGAUGUUGACGAUAAUUUGCAGGGGGUCAGUGCGAAUGAUGUCAAAACUGGUGACGGUAGGCCUGACAUUUCCGAAAUUGACACGACCUACGAAACGAUGGCCGAUAUUAAAGAUGACCUCGCAAGUCAAGAUAGGAAAAAACAGGACAAUAAACGCGACAAAAACACCCCAGAUAAAACCCUAACAUCAACUGCAGAUCAGCAAAAUAACUUUAAAAGUGUCGAGCUUCCCAUUUAUACUGAACCGGUCUAUGCGAAACCUGUUAAGUCUGUCAAAGAUACAAGUCCCAGCCAAUCAGUCGCACCUAGAGCGAUUCAAGAAGAGGUGCAAGAUAACCCUCCUCCAGUACCAGCUAAAAGAUUCGUAGACCAAGAACAUGAUCAUGAGAUCAAGUUUUCUCCUUUGAAAAAGACUUCCCCUUCCUCCGCGCUUUCAAAAUCCCUGAACAAAACCAGUUGGGCAAAUGCAAGUGAAAGUACCAGCCCCAAACGUAAACCUAUGCAGAAUAGCAAUGAUAACUUCAGUUUAAAGCGAGGUCAGUUAUCGGGUCCGGCACCUGUAAGUACCGACGACAGCUAUGUAGAGCCACCACGGGAUUAUGAUAUUAACGCAACCCUAAGUUCGGUCGGUAAAUCGACAACCGACGAAUCCAUCUCUCGGGACACCUGGGGUUCCAUGACCAGCAGUUCGACGAGCGGUAGUCGAAAACAGAACAAAGAAUUUCGACCGGAGGCAGCGAAAUUGAUCGACAAGGCAAAAGCCAGGAGAAAAGAAAAGAGAGAGGAAAGACAUCAUGAUGGCCUUGUAAAUCGUUCCUUUCGACUGAUCAGAGAGGCGUCUUUGAAAGAAACACCAAAGUCAGCAACAAAAGAAGACGCAACGAAUCGAAGUGACAUAGAAGAAGACUUUGUCACCAUUAAGAACAACGCUGAUCUUUGGCUGGAAGGCUAUGAGCGCAUGCGUGCUAGUUCGGAGGGAAAGAAAUCAAAUUCGGGUACUGCUACGAACUCCUAUAACAAACAAAACAACAACGUCAGUAACAACACCAGAAACAACAGGCAUUCAAUUUCUACAACCAAAGGUGGUAAUAGCUUACCCCUAGAUACUGGACUUCCACUAACAGAAACAACGCAAGCAGUUUUGAACCAAACAGGAGGCUCUGGUGAUGUGCAAGUUACAAACGCUACCUCUGAGAUUGUUGCACGAAGCGAAUGGAAAGAAGCCGAAAAAGUUAAGACAAGCAAAACAAAAGUCAAGGAGCAGAAACAGUUACCACGAAACGAUGAAAUCGAUUCAUCUGACGAUGAAAACCUUAUCAAUCUCAUGGAGACCGGAAGUCGUAAGGAUGAUUUAAAAAACUCCGCCGUUGUGGAACCAAAACGUCUUGGAUACGUGCCCCGUGCGCUGCGAAUGAGUUUCGGUCAAAGCUGGGAUGGAAUAAGGAAAGACAGACGCGAGUGGAAAUCGAGGGAAAUGAAGCAAGUAACCGGUCAUGCUUCGCGCAAGGGAGGAAAGGCGACACUCUCAAACAGGUUGGAUGAACAGGAAGUACAAUUAGAAAUGCUGUUUUAGAAUCAUGUAUUAACAAUUAUAGAUCCUUACAGUUUUAAAUAUAAAUAAUGGUUGGUGGGGGCGGCAUGUAAGUUCAACUUUCUCAAUUUAUGAUCGGGUUGACAAGGUAGAGAAUUGAAAAAUAAUACAAAUUUACGUGCUGCAUCUACAAACAAAGAUUCAUGAAAUAUAUUAUUAAUUAGCUCACGUAUACGCGGAAACAUAAAAAACAAAGCAUAUAUUGCAUAUACAGUUUUAAUGCACCAACACAGUACUUCAUUACGUUGCAUUGUUUUUUUUUCACCUUACAUAGUAGUUUUUCAUCACAAAUUAUUGAUAUACAUGCACGUUUUCAGCAUAAAAAUUAUCGUUAGCUAUAUUAACUUCUUAUUAACCGAGCGCGAGGUCUUUACCUAGAAAUAUCGGACCGAGGUUUUUUGAACAGACCGAGCUUGAAGAGCGAGGAUUGUGCAAAAAGAUCGAGGUCCAAUAUUUCUCGGAAAAGACCAAGCAAGCGAGGUUAAUAAAAAGUUUAUUAUAUGGCAUAAGGCAUGUAUUUGCACUUGAAACAAACAAGAAA